CUUUCAAUUCACCUUCAAAGAAGAAGAAGAAGAAGAAAAUUAAGAAUCGAAGAAAUGAGGCAAGCAGGAAGAAUCCUAUUAACCCACUCAACAGUUAUGGUUACUGAAACAGAGGCACCCAUAUAUUCGCCGUCGCCGGCCAACGGGGGAGUCGUGCAGAGAUCGCCGUGGCAUUCGCCGCUUCCUUACCUCUUCGGAGGACUAGCGGCGAUGUUGGGUCUCAUAGCCUUCGCCCUUUUAAUCCUAGCUUGCUCCUACUUCAAGAAGUCCAGAGACGCCAGCGAAAGUGACGACCUUGAAGCAGCAGCAGCAGCCGCCGGCAAUAAACCAUCCCCUGUUUUCGAAGAGAAGAUUUUGGUAAUCAUGGCCGGAGACAUGAAACCAACUUUCUUGGCCACUCCCAUGUCUUUCAGUAGCAAAUCAUCAUAUAGCUUAACCGUGGAUUCUUCUCAAGGUAAUAAGGAGAAACAGAGUGACCAAAUCGCAGAGAAACAGAAAGAUGACAUGACUGGUCAUCAUCAUCAUCAAAUUCACAUUCUUCCAUCACCAGUCCCAAACCAGUGACAUCACACCCGCCGGCGCCGGUCACUGAUCUAAGUUUCUAUUUCGAAAAAUGCCCCCGUAUUUACUUCGGGUUGCUGAGAUUUUGUUAGCCCUUUUUUCAAUUUUGGUUUUUGCCCAGAAGAUUUUGAUAGAUGUACUAGAGAAAUGGAUGCCUGCCUUUGAUAUUAUCACUGUUGUUAACUUUGUUCAUGUCAUCAAGCAAUGAAUACAAGAAUCGCCAAUUUUGCCA